UAUACGGGUCGUUUACUCCACCGGUUUGCACACCUGUUUCGCUGGUCGACCAUGCGCAGUUGGCGCUUGACUUUCGAACGCGGCUUGACGCGCGCUUUUAAAAAAUAUACCUGUCAAAUUUUGGCGGCAUUUCCGCGAGCCAUAAGUCAAAAAUUAAAUACUUUUUAAAUUGUUUGUGCUAACUUGUGUUAUAGUGAAUAAAAUGGUGGAAUAAAAAAAAAGAUUAUUUUAGUUCGUUUGCAUUCAAGUAAUGCAGUGAAACAGUGUUUUGGUGAAAGUGUAAGGAUUUGAAUUUUAAGUAGCCAUUAUGAAGUAUUUGUGUUUAUUAGGCGGAUGCCUAUUAUUACUGGCCGUUCAUAUAGAAAUCGUGCAACCAACAUGUGUGCUUGAAUCAGACUUCGGUUUCAAAAUUAACUGUGCGUUCAAAAAGUCCGGGCUGUUCAGAGUGAGAAACCUUGGAGGCAUCAAAGCACAUGCUAGUUUGGGUUUCAGUCUGGGUGAUGAGUUGGGCUUUGAGCAGUCGCUUACUAAUCUGGACCCGAGCAGGCGGCGGUCUGUCAGCGUUAAGAAUGGAGCCCCACCGAACCUCCUUACCGACCCAGCGAGGAUGAAUGUCAAGCAAGAGAAACGUGGAAAACAAAACAGAAUUAUGCGUCCAAUGGCACCAGCUAACCGGCCCAACCAAUCUGCCAUGGACAAGCUCACGAGCUUGCAUCGACACGUCACCUCCACCAUGCAGCCCAUCAUUGUGCAGGCACCUGUAGGCCCUGUCCAACAUACAAUAACCAAGCCAGUUCCAACCGUCACCAUGGCCAAGCCAGUGCCCAUGGGAAUACCAGCCUUCAAACCUCUCCCGCCGAAAGAAGAUACCCUCGCCGUGAUACCCAUAGCAGCGACCCGCAAGACCUACACGCCACUGCCAAUCCCACAGUCAAAGGGCCCAGGAUUAGCUUACCAAAGUGAGAUAUAUCCAUCACACAAUCAAAUAUCAAAAAUGGUAUCACAAAUGACAGCCGAGCAGUACUCUCCAAUCAGAUACACACAACACCCUACCAUGAUAGAUCCAAAACUUUUUUCCAUGACCACUGUUAACCCAUUCGUACCUUUGCCACCUUCUCAAGCCAUGACUCUUGUAUCCGCCCCAGUAUUCAAAGAAAUACACAUACCACACCCCUCUUACUCUGUACCUAGCUCUAACAUCCAUAAAAAUCCUAUUUCUAACUUUGUAGACCCGGUCCCUCAUCAAGUGCACGAUAUAGCGAACAACGUUGUGUACAACACGAAGAAAGUUGAUGAUUACAAUUCUAUAACUGGUUACGGAGACGACACUGUUUUGAAGUUUAAUAAGGAAGAUAUCAAUAAUAAGAUUGCUGAGAUAGCUAAAGCUGGGAACAUAUCUAUGGAGGCGAUAGAAGCGGCAAUUUCUCUGAGGCAGCAGCAGUUGUUGAGCAAGUAUGCAAACAUCCCGGUCCCGCCGACAACGUCAUCAACCACAAGUACGACAACGACAACGGAACAGCCGUUCGUGUUUCAGCAACAGCCGGAGCCUGAAAUAUUGACCGCUGCCUUACCCCAGAAGCCGCUGAAGAGAGCACCGAUAUCGGGCAAGGUAAUGAACGCGCCGCGCGAGUACUACCCGGUGGGCUACGAGAAGAACUUCGACGAUCACUUCCAGUCCAAGGUGGAUCUGCCGGAGACCAGCUUCCACUGCGGCGACCAGAAGUACUUCCCCGGUUUGUACGGCGAUGAGAGUCUUGGGUGUAUGGUGUUCCACGUCUGCGCUCUAACAGACGAUGGUCUCGUCAUGAAAUCCUUCCUCUGUCCUGAGUCCACGCUCUUCGAUCAGACUAUCCUCAAAUGCAACUGGUGGUUCUAUGUCGACUGCAAGAAUACUAAGAAGCUGUAUGAGACCAACAUUCCGGUCUCCAAGAGCUACCAGUUGAUGAAAGCUUUGACAUUCUUCUCGUCUUACAAGAAGGAGAUGCAAGAUGAUAGUAAAAAAACAAAUCCCGGAGACGUGGACGGUAUCAAAGAAGCUAUGAAUAUUCUACAAGAUCAGAAUGCUCCUUCUAACGCACCAGCACAACUUAACAUACCUACAGUUGCUAGCAUCACAAACAACGUUCAAUUCAUAACUCCCACCCCACUCAUUGAUGAGAGAAACCGUAAAACAAGCACAGAAUCUGCCCCCGUAUACAGAGGCAAUAGAAACUUCGACGUCAAUAGAAAUGUAUCUAGAAGCGAAAGAAGAAACACAACGUCAGCCGAAAACGCAUCAGAUAUCAAACUAAUCACAGUUAAGGCUGAUUUUAACAUCGCUCAAGGGAAUGCAACAAAUAAUGAUUCUAAAGAGAAAAAACAUAGACGACGUAUGACUUUGAAAAACAGCAGCCCGCCCGUCACAACCACCACAACCACAACAACCACAGUCAGACCAGAAACAACAACACCUAGUUUUGAAAUAAUCAAACAAGAUAUACAGCCAAUAGAGAACCUAAACAUAAAACAAGAAACCUUAACUGACCAAAUUGAAGAAAUUAAUCCUAAUGCUGCAAACAACGCACCAAUCAGACGGUUUUAUAGGUCGAGUGCUGAGAAAUCUGAGGAAAAAGAAAUGGCUGUCGUGAACAAUGAGAAAGUACAGAUAGUCCGUCCUACUUCUCAUUCAAGAUUUGUAGGACAUCAUCCUACCCCUAGUGCGACGAUAGCUAAGUUAGAUGAAGCUGUCUUAGGUAAGCCGCGAACGAAGAAGCACGUUAUAGCAAUAGUAACACCAACUAAAGAUAGUCGAACAACGUAGUCCGAUGUUAGUCAAUUGAUGGUGUUGCGUUUUGUAUUGCUCCAUACAAAUUUUUGAAUGGAAACUGUUGGAUGUUGAACUCGACUGCUGAUGAAGGAUUUUGUUUUUUGUUAUGACGUAACUUCUUGUUGUAUUUUUAGGAGUUAGAUGUUUUGCUCACUCAUUUUUUCUUUUACUUAAUCUAUAGGCCAGUAUAGCCUUAAAUAAUAGCAAUUAUUAACGGAAAUUUUAACCUUGGCAAAGUAGUUAGUAUUUCCAUAGAAUUUUGCUAUUUGCAAAGUACUUUUCGCACUCUUUAAAUAAGUCUGAAUUGUAAAUAUUUCCUAUUUACCUGGACGGGUAAAUAGAGACCUUAUAUUUCUACUUCAAACCAAUUUAAAGUCAAAGGAUGCCUGUAGAAGCUAAUGACAAGGUUGUGAAGGUGUGUUUAACACCCACUUAUACAAAUAUUGGUAAGUCAUUUGUAUCCAGAAAUAAUCCUGGACAAAGAAUAGCAGUGGGUGAUUUUUGAAAGCAUUAUUAAAUUAUCGUUUUAGUUUCUGCAGCAAUUCACAUAAACCACUCUAUUCGUGUAAUAAUCAUAAAAAUUUAGAUAAAAUGUUAAAAGUUUACGUGAACUGCCAACAGAUGUCGCUAUAACUGUACUUUAAUAAAACGGAUUCCAUUCAAAAUUAUUUCCUUGUGUGGGAUUUUUGUAUGGAGCAUGUAUGGGACGCAUCCCCCUUUGUGUCAUAAGUAAGUUAUUUAUUUCGCUGAUUCGUGCAGACGUACUAUGACAUGUUUGCUCAAUUUUUGUACUUUUUUAGUCUAGUUGAAUGGAGUCAAGUGAUAUUACGGGGUAUGUUAGUUGUUUAGUAAAUGUUUCCUAAUUUCUA